CUGCAGCUCCAGUAUCAGGUGCGGCUCUCAUCAUUCGCUGCAGGGCUUCACGGGAGGAGGAGUUUCACCGCGAGGUCACACCCCCUGCACUAUAGCACCAGGUCCUCCAGAAGAAUAAAAAAAAAACAUACGGAGUAGCGCACAGUCUGUCCGUCACCGCCGCGCACUGCUACAAAAAUAUGAACCCGAGCAGAGCCGCUCCUGCGCUUCAACACUUGAGACAACAAUCCCACUGCGACUAAUUCCUCCUUCAAUCACAGCCCAGCGCUCAGUCCGCUCCUUCUACAACUCCUCUCCUCUCCAUUUGAUCUGUCUUCUCUUUCUUUUAUUUUUGGUUUACUGUAAUACCUGCGCUGGAUCUUUCGUGCAAGAAAAUGUGCGUGGACAGAGACGGGUGCGAGAUUGAAGGCUGCAGCAGUUUGGACGAGGUGCGCACGCUGUCCGGCAGCAUGAGUCCCGGACUGAAAUCCAACCCGGACCUGCACCCGUGCAAGCCGGGCCACAAAUUCCGCGCCGCGCUGCUCAAAUGCCGCUCACCGGCUGCUGCUGCUGGGAUCCUCAGCUUUGGAAACGUCCUCAAUUACAUGGAUAGAUACACAGUGGCCGGCGUCCUUCAAGACAUCCAGCGGCACUACGGAGUGUCAGACAGCGGGAUCGGCUUGUUGCAAACAGUCUUCAUCUGCAGCUUCAUGGUGGCAGCUCCCAUCUUCGGUUACCUUGGCGACCGCUUCAACAGAAAGGUCAUCCUGAGCUGUGGCAUUUUCUUCUGGUCCAUUGUGACUCUGUCGAGCUCCUUCAUCAGCAGAGAGUAUUACUGGCUGUUCGUGCUCUCCAGGGGCCUCGUGGGUAUCGGAGAGUCCAGCUACUCCUCCAUCUCUCCCACCAUCAUCGGAGACUUGUUCACCAACAACAGCCGUACCAUGAUGCUCUCUGUUUUCUACCUGGCCAUCCCCCUGGGAAGCGGCUUGGGCUACAUCCUGGGCUCCAGCGCCAAGGUGGCUGCAGGAGACUGGCACUGGGCGCUGAGGGUGUCCCCAGUGUUAGGGAUCACUGCUGGGACUCUGAUCCUGGUCUUCGUGCCGGAGCCCAAGAGAGGCAGCGCCGACCAGAUGGGAGGACGCAUCAAGCACCGCACCUCCUGGUGCUGUGACAUGAAGGCGCUCGCCAAGAAUCGGAGCUACGUGUUCUCCUCCCUGGCGUCGGCAGCGGUGUCUUUUGCCACGGGGGCGUUUGGCAUGUGGAUUCCUCUGUACCUGGUUCGGGCCCAGGUGGUGCAGAAGACAGCCGAGGCCUGCACCAAAGAGAUCUGCAGCAGCACUGACAGCUUAAUCUUCGGUGCGAUCACCUGUGUCACGGGUCUGUUGGGCGUGGUCAUCGGAGCUGCCACCACACGGUUUUGCCGGCAGAAGACCGAGCGAGCCGACCCGCUGGUGUGCGCUGUCAGCAUGCUCGGCUCGGCCAUCUUCAUGCUCAUCUUCGUGGUGGCCAAGAAGAGCAUCGUGGGAGCUUAUGUCUGCAUCUUCAUAGGAGAGACGCUGCUUUUCCUGAACUGGGCCAUAACAGCAGACAUUUUAAUGUUUGUCGUCAUCCCGACGAGGAGAGCGACUGCGGUAGCCUUUCAGAGCUUCACCUCUCAUCUGCUGGGUGACGCAGGGAGUCCGUACCUGAUAGGCCUGAUCUCAGACGCCCUUCAGGAGAGCUACGCUACGUCAGCCCUCUGGAGGUUCCUCAGUCUGGGCUAUGCCCUCAUGCUCUGCCCCUUCAUCAUCGUCCUGGGGGGCAUGUUCUUCCUGGCCACCGCGCUGUUUUUCCUGGAUGACCGGGAGAAGGCCGAGAAACAGUUGAGCCAGCUGACUCUGCCCACCUCCUCAGUCAAGGUGACAGCCAUAUGAGGAGCAAUCUGGAGGAGCAACCAAACUCAACAAGGAUGACAAAUUGGAGAUAAACAAAAUUAAAAAAAACAGGGCAGCUGAUCCACGCCUUUGAAAUCACGCCCGUGUUCUCAUCACCGCCAUCACCUCCAUGAUCAUCCCUCACCUCCUCCUCCUCAUACUUCUGCUGCUGCUGCUCUUACUUUUUUUCUCGUGGAGGCCACUCAGAACUGGAACUGAAGGGAGCGUCUUGCCCCUCUUUGAAACGCCUCCAGAUCACAGACUGUGUGUUGAUGUCGCACAGCGGUUUGCUGGACGACAGCUGGUGUCCUCCUCACCUCUGUCUGUGAGGAUCCACUGAUCCUCGCGACCCCCUCUGACUCAUGAUGCCAUACUACUGAAAGCUGACCAUGAACCUGCCCUGUCUGUCUGUCUGUCUGUCUGUCUGUCUGUCUGUCUGUCUGUCUGUCUGUCUUCACGUCUUCACGUCUCCUAUGUGUCUGUCUGUCUGUUCCUUGGCUGUUGAUCCGCACCAAGUGCCAUGGCGUCAUUACAUUCCUUCAGACUUUGCACUGACCACCGACACCCUCAUGACUUCCAUCUCUGACUGUGUUUACAUGCACAAAAUAACCCCGCUCCUUGUUAUGAAUUCAGUUUGAUUAAGUGGCUUAUGUUAGCAGCCAGUAGAAGAAAAGUCAUUUUUAAAAACUGGACUCAUGAAGCCCCGUCUUUAGCCCCGGUCACGAUAGAAGCUGCAAUAUUCUGCCUUUACAGACAUGUGCUUCUCAUUAUCAGACAACCCUGCAUAUCCUAAUGUGCAGUAUUUACAUCGUGGACCUCCAUCCUGUUCACAUGGCAGAUGCAGUCUUCUUACAAUAAAACCCGUGCAUGUAAACACAGCUGUCAACCAGGAGCCAAAUAGUGUUUCAGUCGAGGGGUCAGUGAAUCAGCCUUAACAAUUUGAGCUUUGUCUGCUGUUUCUUUGGCCCCCCCUUACAUGUGAUUUUACUUUGAGCUUUUAGCACUUAAAUCAGCGCAGACAGCACCACAGAGCAUGACGGAGAUGAGAGAUUUCUGCACAUUAUUUCUUGUCACCAUUUUUUUUUUUUUUUUGUUAUAUAUUUUUUGUCGUGAUGUAUGAUUUUGAAACUGGAGGUUUUUCCGCCUAUGAUUGUUUCAAGGAGGGGUGUUGAUGCAAUCCGGGCAGUUUAAUAAGCGAACACUGGAUGAAAUGUUUUAUAAUUUAUAUUGUAUAUGCUUCUUUCCCCCCCUCCCCAAAAGUUGACGCUACUCUUUGGACUUUUGUUCUCGUGUAGAAGCAAUAGAAACAUAUUUUUUAAAGGAAACCAACCUUUUUGUACACACUGCCUUAUCAGUGAGCGAGGUUUCCCUUUAAAGGGGGUCAGCUCUCUGAUGAUUGGUUUUGAAUUUCUGGACACAAAACCCACACAGAGACCGAGUGGCUUUUAAUGAUGGACUCCAGUCCGCUCCAUGCUGGUUACAAUUGCAACCAUUGUCCCCCUCCCCUCGCUUUUGUACAUAUCCCAUUCCACGUCUGAACGAAAGAAUCCCGGAGUCACAAUUAUCGGUUUAUUUCGGAGGGAAUUCGUAAUCCAAGACAGGAACAGGAAAUUCCUCCGCUGCAGGUUGGACUGAUGGGGAGCGCUCAUUAACUUUGAUAACUGAUAAGCGAGGAAUCCCCCUUUGAAAGCAGACCGGCAGGAUCUCAGAUGUCCCUGCAGGAAACACAGGGUCCAGAGUCCCUGUGACAUAAGAUGUAAAAUGUACAGAAGACAGGAUAGUACACAAUAUGGAAAACCUGGGUUAGACAAUAUUCAUGCUUUAAUAACCGUAUCAUAUUUGCAAAUGAUUAAAUAUAAAACCCCAUAAAGAGGAUAAAAAUCUACCCUAGUUAGUUGUUUGUACAUAAAAAUAACUUUAAUUUGAAGCUACCUGAAGGACGUUUCUUUAGUCUGUUGGUUACAGUUUUACAGAAACCUUGAAGCCACUAAUGGAGUCAAAGGUUUUAAAACUUGUGCAUUAAAGGGAAAAAAAAGCACUUUGCAGACCUUUGAGAAAACACAUGAGGAGGAAGAGGAGGAAGAGGAGGAGGAAGGGGGGGUCUGACCUCAGCAAAGGAAGAAAGGGAGACAUCGAGGUGCUUUUUGUAGCAAUGAUGUGCGAGCAUGACUCACCGCCUGUGUGUGGGGUGCUUGUGUGGGCUGUGUCCUUGUUACAGAUCAUUAGCUUUAGCUUUUCUCCGACUGCGUGGAGCGCUCUGAAUGUGACUCCGUCCAACCUGACGUGUUUACACACCUACAUCUUAAUGAACUAAGCUUCUUACCUUCCUUUUAUCGACUUUUUUUUUGUAAUUUUACCAAAUGAGUUUUUUUUUUAUAACUACAAUAGAGAAAUAUAAAGCUAUAUCACGCAGCGACUUUAAUAUAUUGUAAAUGAUGGCUUGGAUGCAAUGUAUUUAUUUGUUUGUUAUCAUAAUGAAGAAUAAUCUAUCGAGGGAAGUUUCAUGUUUGAGUAUACUACACUUUGCUGUUUGUCAUUGGGUUUAGAAAUGUUCCUCCGUUUGUAUCACAAUGAAACAACACAACACCUUUUUACAUCACUAAGAGUCGCCCUGUUUUACUGUGAUCAUGAAUCGGACUGCUACGGUAGCCCAGAGGGACAAACACACUGCAAAGGCUUUAAAGACUUCUUUAAUAGAAACCGGCUGCAAAUUCAAAAUCACAAAAAUCCAAAACAAUCACAACAGAUUCAAUGCUGGUGAAAAAGUGAGCUGCAGAAAUCUAAAACAAGAACAUCAAAUCAACAUCCAGUUAUUACAACGAAUGGGCUCCAAGCCUGUAGCAGGCCGGACAAAAACAGUUCUAUGAUGGACAGCGUACAGGGGCAUUGAUUCAUGUAGUGGUGGCCUGAAGUGAAAAACUUGCAGCCUUUGUUUUAACAUAAGCUCCACAUCUGAUAGGGCAAAUAGCCAAUCACAGAUUAGGAUUUUUGGGGUGGCCAAUCAGAUUUCUAGGGGGGGCCCUCUACCACCCCUAGCCACCCCUCUGUACACGCCCCUGCAGACUGGGGCACAAUGCUAUUAAUUGAUACCAGACCAAAACAUCUACACACACAAAUAGAUCAGAGGUCCUCUGAGGGCCAAGCACCACUUCUGUUAAAAAAAACCCAUCAAAAUCACAAAAACUCACUUCAGUCCCUGAUCUGAUUUAGGUGAAACUUGAUUAUAUUUUAAGAUGGUGAAACAGCUCCUGAUGGACAGAUAGCUUAGCUGAAGUAACCACUGAUGCUAAGUGUAGCUACCAUUUGCGAGUUAGCUCAAUUAGUGCAGUUAGCGCUUAGAUUUUUACAGUUUAAUUAGCCCGCUCUUUCUGGAGCUUUUUUACUCUGACUAGAAAAGGAGAUCGCAAAAGUGCAUUUGCAGCAUGUUUCCAUUGUUGUAUUUGUUUUUUGCUUUUAAAAUUUGCAACCAGUUUCACGUCAUGCUUAUCCUUUAGGUCAUUGCAGAGUAUUUGCCCUCAUCAGCCACCGUACACUCCUCACACAUAAAACACACAAAACGAACUUCUGUGUGAUUGUUUUUCAAACAUCCCAUUUCUGACAUGUUUAGGGUGCGAUACUUCUGCAUUCAUUUUUGUAGUUCUUGUUAGAGUUUUCUUUUCUUUUUUAAAUAACUGAUAAAACCAUUUUGCACACUUAUUGUUCAGGGAUUUCUUUAAAGCAUCAACUCCACGGCCUCUUCAGCAGAGGUCUGUCACUUCAUGCUCACAGUAAGUGCUGACUUUUUGUCAUCCAUCAUAAGAAGGGACAUUGGCUCGGGUCAGAUGGGUCAAGAAUCGAGUUUCACUUUUGCCAAAACGUAGUGGAUUUAGCCCCGAUCCUUUUAGGAGUAAACGUCUGUUGUGUUGAGUAAUUCUGUGUUAAUAAUCACUGAAGUGAUGUAUUGAGAAUGUGCUAUUUCUUGUCAUACAAGAAUCGUGUAUAAAGAGCCUUUUUCUGAUGUUGAGCAGAAAACAGAGGCGAUUUUUAUUUUUAGAGCAAGUCAAUACAAAAGAGCGAUGUUUGAGAAAUCAAAGGAUAUUAUUCUAGAACUGAACUGUGAUAGAAAAUGUACAUGUCUGUAAAUCAAAUAAACUUAUUUAAUCACUUCA